AUGCAAAUACUAAAGCAUUCCGAAACUGCAAUGGGAUCCAAUCCAUCCAAGUCUGAGGAUACCCUGCCUACAGUCAAUUCAGGCGCCAGCUUUUCCGAUGAUUAUCAUUCUAGCAUCAUCUCUGCCAUCACCAUCGAGGAUGACUUUCUUUCUCCUCGUUCCUUUGAUAACAAACUCCGCUCUCUUGUUGAGAAAAAUCGUGCAUCCGAUCUCGGGGCCGAAGAAGUGGAGCAAUGUUUAGAUGCUCUCCGACCUCCUACCAGGAGCGAUCGAUUCUCGAGUUCCUCAGAUGGAGGAGCAGGAGAUAACAGACCAUGUGCCAUGCCCAGACGAAAAUCAUCUUCGAAUAACUUGAAUUACCAUAGUUUCUUCUUGGAGGACGAAAGCCCGUUUGAACCCAUAAGCCAUGAUGACGGUGAGACAAAGGAAGAUUUCGAGCCGUCACAUUAUAAUUCCUUUACUGUCAGUCUGAACGACGAAGACGAUUUCAAUGCCGCAAUCAGAGUUGGUGGCAAACGGAGACCGCGUCGCAAGUAUCGAGGACGGCAAAGGAGGAUACACCGAAGUCAGCGAAACCCUGUAAGAGCGACGAUCGCCUCGGAACAAGACACAGAUGAACAGCGAAUACAUGCUGUGCGCAGUCGUACUAGUAGUGUAGUCCGAAGAAAAGACUCUCAUUGUCGGUCAUUAGGCAACUAUUCGGGAUGA